AGUCAUUACCUAACUAAGAAGUCCACAGUAGACAGCUCCCACUAUAGUGCCAAGCUGCAAAGUCGAAAUUGGCAUAAAUUGUGAUAAUGUAUGAAGACGUCAAUUCGCUUUUUGCUCUUCAUUUAAGAGUAGGUCAGGCACACGUUUAGGAGUAUGGUUAAUAUUAGCGUUAGUUUUGAAAUCCGAUUUUUAAAGGAGAUAAAUUGUAGAACUUCCGGGUUUUGCAGCUUGGCCAGAUAGUGACAACCCCUCAGACAGGCCAGCGGUGUGUUCUCCGUUUCUCUAGUCUCACUGAGUUGUGUUCACAGCUGAUGCACGGACACGGGACGGACCGCAGGUCUGCCAGUGGGUUGACGAUCUGCGUUACUUUGUUGUCCCUGCUACUUUUUACAGGAACCUGCCGGACCAAGAAGACAUGGCCCAAGUCCUUCUCUCAGGAGGAGCUGAAGAAACGUCUCUCCCCCAUUCAGUUCCAUGUCACCCAGGAGAGAGGAACAGAGAGUGCCUUCAGAGGGGAAUACACUGAAUAUAAAGAGGAUGGGACCUACACCUGUGUCGUCUGCGGCGCCCCGCUGUUCAAGUCCGAGACCAAGUUUGACUCUGGAUCAGGUUGGCCUUCCUUCUAUGACCUGGUAAAGGAGGAGUCAGUCACUGUAACAGACGAUUUCGCCUACGGGAUGCACAGAGUUGAGACCAGCUGUAGUCAGUGUGGUUCUCACCUCGGACACCUGUUUGAUGACGGGCCCAGACCCACAGGGAAACGAUACUGCAUCAACUCUGCCUCUCUGGGCUUCCAGUCUGCCUCAGCCUCUAGCCCACCCAGCAACGGAGCUGGGGCUGGGGCAGGAGAUGGGACAGGGGCAGGAGCUGGGGCUGGGCCAGGUGGUGCGGUCGGGGGCAAGACUGAGCUCUGAGUAGGGUCUCCUUGGUCUUGGACAGAUUUCAGGAAUACAGGAAGUACAGGCACGGUCACUCACUCCUUAUCCAAACUGGUAGCCUCGUUCCUGGUCGAAAUGUUACAAACAGAACAGCUGGAGAAUAUAGGUUACACAGAUAUGAAAACAGUCAGCCAACUAGGUUACACAGAUAUGAAAACAGUCAGCCAACUAGGUUACACAGAUCCGAAAACAGUCAGCCAACUAGGUUACACAGAUCCGAAAACAGUCAGCCAACUAGGUUACACAGAUCCGAAAACAGUCAGCCAACUAGGUUACACAGAUCCGAAAACAGUCAGCCAACUAGGUUACGCAGAUCCGAAAACAGUCAGCCAACUAGGUUACGCAGAUCCGAAAACAGUCAGCCAACUAGGUUACGCAGAUCCGAAAACAGUCAGCCAACUAGGUUACGCAGAUCCAGAAAACAGUCAGCCAACUAGGUUACACAGAUCCGAAAACAGUCAGCCAACUAGGUUACACAGAUCCAGAAAACAGUCAGCCAACUAGGUUACACAGAUCCAGAAAA